UCCUCCAUUAUCUGUUAAUGGCCGGUUUCCGUCGGCACAAGUGACGUCGAUCCACGCUACAACUCCUCUGAAAAGUCCAGACCGGGGGAAACAACAAACCAUCAUUUGUUGAUGAAUGAUCAUGUCCUCCACAAUCCCGUUCCCCAUAUCUGUUAUUGCCGUCUUUGUCAUGUUGUAAUUUUCUUCUCGUUGUUUUGCGAUUGAUUGAUUGACUUGACUACCCACGAUCUCUCCGUUGCGGUCUCUCUCUUCUCUGUUCCUUUCUUCGUCUUUCCUAUAUCGGUUGUGUCUUGAUUUCAACAACCCAACAUCCACAAUGAAGAGGAUCUGUCGUUCCAGUCAACGGCCAGCAUCGCUGUUGCGGCCUCUUACACCGACUACCCACCAGCCCCGACUCGUGCCAAUCGCUACUCAGUCUUCGACAACGACGACGACAACAACACAAACAGCUCCAAACCGUCGCUAUGCCAGCUCGCUCUCCCAGAGACCAGAUUCCAGCCAUGUCAUGUUCCCGGGAGCCGUCAAGUCAGCUUUCAGCAACUCCAUGACCUUUGAAGAGCCCUCAAAAUACGAUGCUCUACCGACCUACCGGGCCGUCGACCAACACGGCCAGGUGGUCGACCCUUCGUUCAAGCCCGACUUGAGCGACGAGGAAGUCAUCAAGCUCUACCACGACAUGCUGACGGUUUCCAUCAUGGACCUGAUCAUGUUCGAUGCGCAACGCCAAGGCCGCCUCAGCUUUUACAUGGUAUCAGCGGGCGAAGAGGCCGUUUGCGUGGGUAGCGCCUCGGCGCUGUCUCCGGAGGACGUGGUGUUCUGCCAGUACCGCGAGCAGGGCGUGUUCAAACAGCGCGGUUUUAAGUUGAGUGACUUUAUGAACCAGCUGUUUGCUAAUCACAAGGACUCCGGCAAGGGGAGGAACAUGCCGGUGCAUUACGGGAGCAAGGAGUUGAAUAUUCAUACAAUUUCGUCCCCAUUAGCCACCCAGCUCCCCCAGGCUGCCGGAGCUGCGUAUGCCCUCAAGAUUCAGAGAAUGCAAAAUCCCACGGUACCCCCGAGGGUAGUAGCCGCCUACUUCGGCGAAGGCGCCGCCAGCGAGGGUGACUUCCACGCCGCGCUGAACAUUGCCGCCACCCGUGGCUGCCCAGCCGUCUUCAUCUGUCGUAACAACGGUUACGCCAUCUCGACCCCAACCCUCGAGCAAUACCGGGGCGACGGUAUCGCCAGCCGCGGCCUCGGCUACGGAAUCGAGACCAUCAGGGUAGACGGCAACGACUUCUGGGCCGUACGGGAGGUGACAAAGAAAGCGCGCGAGCUGGCCCUGCAAGACGGCGGCAAGCCGGUCCUGAUCGAGGCCAUGACUUACCGCGUCAGCCACCACAGCACGUCGGACGACUCGUUUGCGUACCGUGCCAAGGUCGAGGUGGAGGAUUGGAAGCGGAGGGACAACCCGAUCGGAAGGCUGCGCAAGUGGAUGGAGGCCAAGGGGAUCUGGGAUGAGAACAAGGAGAGGGAGACACGCGAUAGUAUCAGAGCAGACAUCCUCAAGGCGUUCUCCCAGGCGGAGAAGGAGAAGAAGCCUGCUAUCAGGACCAUGUUCGAGGACGUGUAUGAGGAGUUGACGCCGGAUAUUAAGCAGCAGAUGAAGGAGUUGAAGGAGCAUCUGGAGCAGUACCCGGAGGAGUAUGAUCUUGGGAACUUUGAGGGCGGGAAGGACAGUCUGGCUAAGUAGGGUAGACGUCG